AUGGCGACUCUCAUUAAAUAUGCUGACUCUAAUACCACAAAGGAUCAUGGAUCUGAUGAUGAUAAAUCAAACAAAAGCAAGAAGAGUUGCAAUGGUAAGGGUCAGCAGCAGAAUGUGGCAGGUGGCAAUGGUAACAACCAGGGUAAUGGUGGUAAGCGCCGACACCCCAAGGGCGGUUCAGAUCUCGUAGCUAACACCAACACUGGGUAUAAAAACCAGCGCCGCAGUGGUAAUGCUAAGCCAUCCUUACAGGGUUUGUUUGGACGGCCGGCUUAUGCCAAGUUUAUGUCUCGCCCUUGUUAUGUCUAUUUGCAACUUAAGAUGCCAGGACAAAAAGGGACAAUUACGGCCCAUGGUGAUCGAAAAGUUGCCUUGGAGUGUGAGGAAGGAGAUCCUACCUAUGCUGAGUCGGCCUAUGCCACAGAAGAGCUUAAGUUUUAUAAGGACAAUGUUGACCCGGCUGAUAUGACUCCUCCGAAGAAGCCCACUACUGAUCAGGACCCUCUGUUGAAGUUUAAAGCUGAUGAUACUAAGCAGGUUGACUUUGUCCCUGGCGACUCAUCUCAGCAGUUCACCAUAGGGGCUAAUAUGGAUCCUAAAUAG